GCCGCUGCGGGGACUCCGGCUCCAGGCUCCUGGCGAGAUCCCCGAGCCCCGGCGGCUGGUGCUGGGAGCCCGGAGCCCGGGCUGCAGCCGGGAGAGGGGAAUCUCCAGCAGGGCCCUUCCCGCUGCUCCCCAGGAGCCUCUCCCAGGGCAGAGCCCCCAGCCCGGCCCGGCCCCUUCCCGGCCCGGCCCCUGCCCCAGGGGGCCCCGCUCGGAGGGAAGGAAUCGGGGUGUGACAUGGACUGAAGCCCCUUCUGUAACCUCCCCCAUCGCCCCGACAGGCUGAGGAAUCACGUUCACAUGUCGCUCCAGAUCGUCCCGUCUUCCAGGAGACAGGGAAGGGAAAUGUCUGUGAUGGAGCCAGCUCAGAUGCCGGUGACCUUUGAGGAGGUGGCUGUGUAUUUCACCCAGGGACAGGGGGCUCUGCUGGACCCCGCUCAGAGAGCCCUCUACAGGGACGUCAUGCAGGAGAACUACAAGAUGGUGACCUCGCUGGGAUUUCCCAUUCCCAAACCUGAACUGAUCGCCCGGCUGGAACAAGGGGAAGAGCCGUGGGGGCCCGAUCUCCAGGCCUGCGAGGAAAGAAGGCUUCUGAGAUGCACCCGCACAUGUGCUGAGCGAGAGAGUGAGAACGAGGAGGGGAAUCAUGAUGAGGAAGUUCCUGGAGAAGUGCAACCACAGUGGACCUUUGUGGGAAGAGCUGAAGGGAAUUUUUCCCAGUGCUUGGAGCAGGCAGAAGCCUGGGGAAAUUGGCACAGGUCAGAGAGGCUUGUGGGCAACCACCCAAGGAAGAAAGUGGAUGAAUCUAUUAAUGGUGGAGGAGGAGACGAAGACCCCAGAGCGCAGCAGACAAAUUCCAAGGAAGAUACACCCUGUCACUGCCUGCAGUAUGGGAAAGGAUUCAUUUUGAGAUUACAGCUUGUGACACAUCAGUCAAUCCAUACUGGAAAGAAACACUUUCAAUGCUUGGACCGUGAGGAAAGCUUCAAUAAGCACACAGAACUUAAUAACCAUGGGAGAAGCCACACUGUAGAGAAGCCCAUUCAAUGCCUUGAGUGCAGGAAAUGUUUCAGGUCAAAAUCAGCACUAAAUUCACAUGAGAAAAGCCACACAGGAGAGAGACACCAUAAGUGCUUAGACUGUGGGAAAAGUUUCAAACGGAAGUCAGACCUUGUUAAACAUCAGGCAAUCCACACAGGAGAGAGAUCCCAUAAGUGCUUGGACUGUGGGAAAAGUUUCACUUGGAGAUCAUCCCUUGUUAAUCAUCAGGCAAUCCACACAGGAGAGAGACCCCAUAAGUGCUUGGAUUGUGGGAAAAGUUUCACAUGGAGAACAGGCCUUGUUAAACAUCAGGAAAUCCACACAAGAGAGAGACCCCAUAAGUGCUUGGACUGUGGGAAAAGUUUCACACGGAGGUCAAACCUUGUUAAACAUCAGGUAAUCCACAGAGGAGAGAGACCCCAUAAGUGCUUUGACUGUGGGAAAAGUUUCAUACAGAGGUCACACCUUGUUAAACAUCAGGCAAUCCACACAGGAGAAAGACCCCACAAGUGCUUGGACUGUGGGAAAAGUUUCAUACAGAGGUCACACCUUGUUAAACAUCAGGCAAUCCACAGAGGAGAGAGACCCCAUAAGUGCUUGGACUGUGGGAAAAGUUUCAAAUGGAGAAUAGGCCUUGUUGAACAUCAGGCAAUCCACACAGGAGAAAGACCGCACAAGUGUUUGGACUGUGGUAAAAGUUUCAUACGGAGGUCAAAACUUGGAAAACAUCAGGCAAUCCAUACAGGAGAGAGACCCCACAAGUGCUUGGACUGUGGGAAAGGUUUCAUACAGAGGUCAGACCUUGUUAAUCAUCAGGCAAUCCAUACAGGAGAGAGACCCCAUAAGUGCUUCGAGUGUGGGAAAGGUUUCAUACGGAGGUCAGACCUCAUGAAACAUGGAAGAAGCCACACAAGAUGUAAACCUCUGUGAGACAUGGCGAAAAAGUGUUAAGCAACUUGCGUGUAAUUGACUCAAAUUCAACCUUUAGACAGAUAUUUUAAAAGUGUCCCCACCUUAGACAAUCUAGAUUUUGAAAUGUAAACAUGUAUUGUUAAAGAUUUGGAAGAAGAGGGGUAAUUGUAGUGGUCUAUGUUUAGCUAUAUCUUGUUAGAGGUUAACAAUUUAUCCCAAGGGUUCCUGUGUUCUGUUAAUUCAGGGAUCAGUAAGUCAGAGAUUAUACCCGUUUCCCAUGCCACCUGCCCAAUUCUAGCUCAGUCUCAUUGAAUUCGCUGGGGGUAGGGGCUGAAGGAUGGAGGGAAUGUUUAUAGCUGAAAUUACCAAAAUGUGUUUUACAAGGUUAAUGUCAAUGGGAUCUGUUCCACUCUCCUGCUCGGACAUUUUCUCUGGGGAUCCCGGAGACGGAAAGGAGCAGGUGUUACCAUCUUGGCUACCAGUCCCCCUGGUGACUCUCUACACUAGCAAUUCUCAAAGUGUGGGCAGAGCAUCCCAGUGGAGGCACAGGAAUGUGUCAGGGGAGGCGUGAUCAGUGUGGGUUGGUUGGGUUUUUUUAAAGAGCACUGGCUGUCGGCCCUGGGUGGCUGCGGCUCAUGAAGAAGGAACAGGCCUAGCUGGGAGGUGGGAAUAAAUGCUCAGGCUCUCAAACCCAGGUGGAGCAGCAGCACAGAAGGGUGGCAAUGGGGUGAUAAGUCUUUUCACGUGGCCACCCCAACUUCUGUGCUGCUAUUGGAGUCCUUCAGAGCUGGGCGCAUCACCAGCAACUAUUCUGCCGUUAGAGCUGGGUGGCGAUAUAUGUGCUUGUGAGGAUGGGGGCAUAAAUGACCACAGACACAUGGAAGGGGGGGGUGAUGAAACACAUUUGAGAGCCACUGGUCUACACUAUUAUGAUCACGUUUAGAAAAUGAUAAAUGUACAAAGUAUGUCUUGUGAGAUAUCAUAGAAGAAGUCAUCAUCUGCUGAAUAUUAUUGUCUGGUUAAAAUGUGUCUCUCGGGAGCGUCGCAGAGCUGAAUCCAGGGGCCCCCCCGCCAUGGCCGGGAGUGCCAUGGAACUGAAGCUGGCAGUUCCCCCCAUCCCCAAAGCCGGGAGCAGCGGGCAGUCAGAAGGCGGCGUGGCCCCCCCCAUCCCCAAAUCCCGGAGCAGUCGGGAGGCUUAAGCUGGGAGCUCCAAUGCCCUUCCCCCGAAGCUGUGAGUUGUACUGGGAGCCCCCCUGCCGCCUGCACCCUGAGCAUCCCCCCCGCUCAUACACAGUCCUUAGCUACCCCCCUGCCCGCACCCAAAGCGGUUUUCAAACUUUUUGAACUGAGUCCCCCCCUUUGAAUUAUAUUUUUUGGUUGCAUCCCCCCACUACCCAGACAGGUAGGUGGCCUCCUGAGUGAGUCAGGGGGUGGGGGUGCCGUGCCCUCCCUGGACCUUGUUAUGUGGAACUGGCUUGAGCCCUGCCAGCCCUUGCCCUUCCCCCCCCCCCCAAAUAGAAGUAAAACUAUGCCUAUGCCCAAGGGUGUCCCCCGGCCCAGAGCCUCACACUCUGCCGCCCCUCCCCCCUGCUUGGGCCCUGGUGUUUUUAUAGGAUGCAGAAGGGGGCGUCAGCAAGAAAAAGGUUGAGAACCCCUGACCUGAAGGACGGCUGGACGCUCACUUAUGCCACAGACUGACUGUCGCCUGCCCCUCAGCUGAGGCGUGAGCUUCAAAGAGGAGAGUGGUAUAAAAACAUAAGUGAGAAUUGUCUCCAUUUUUACAUCUCCCCCAUCUUUACAGAAGGCAACAAGGUGGCUUUAAAGGCAACAAGGGCUUUGCACUGGGGAGGGCGGACCAAGGCUGGAAGGAAAUCCAGCCUGGGUACUAAGAACUGUGAACUGCCUGCAACAGCGGGUGGGGUCGGAAAUCCUGUUUGCUUCGCAUCUUCCUUAGCUUGGUAAAAUUUAAGAUUUAAAAUACAUGUUUUAAUUUUAUUUUUGUAACUAGUUCUGACCUUUUACAUCUUUCUCACUUGAAAACCCUGAAAACCCCCUUCCUUCAGUUAAUAAACUGGUUUUAGUGUUU